GCGGCAUAACUAUUUACGUUUUUUAUACUCUGUAUUGUUAUGCUCUACCAGGAACCCAAUGUACGAGGCUCGGUAGGGGUCGAGAGCAGUCGACGUAUCCUCCCCCGCGCCUCUGAAGUCAUGUCAGCCCAUCUGAACAGCCAGCGUGCGGGGUUCAGCGAGUCAGCCCACGACGCGGGAUAUCACGUCUGCAAUCUGACAUCACCACAAUGAAACAAAUAUCAUUGCCGUAUAAACAGAGUACAGUGUCUUCCUAUAUAAUGAAGAAAAGCAAUCUGGACCCGUUAUUGCUCCCGGCUCUUUCAACCGCCCUUUUUGGCCAUCCAGGAGCAAGAACAGAGUAUGACGUCACCCGCUACCCACCGGUCCCUGCGUGUUCUCGCCCCCUUCCCCCCUGAUGAUCCCCAGAGGUCGACGGGGCCUCUGCCGAAACGGACAAAGCGCUCGAAUGCUUGUACGGCGUGUAAGGCGCGCAAGUCGAAAUGCGGAGGCGGCCAGCCGUGCAAUAAGUGCAAUGAAAUCGGCACCGAGUGUAUUUUUGAUAGGGGACUGGAUAGGAGGAGGAAGCUUGCUCAGAGACAUGCUGAGCAGGAGCUUAGCUCGUUGCAUCAGCUGUUAUAUGAUAUUGUGGACGCCUUUGAUGGGGGCAAUGUAGUGCAGCUGGGCCAGCUGCUGUCCUCUAUACGAACUCGGUCGAGACAGGCUGAGAGCCAGGAGUUGGGUUUUCCAGGCGAUGAGCAGAAUAGGCAGAGUGAGCAGAGUAGAGAGAGUACACAGAGUGCGGCGGAAAUGGGUUUUAAGGAGGCAAUUGAGGCUGUUCCCGAGAACUCGAGACGAUGGUCAGCGUAUUCCGAUUCCGUUAGCUCGGUAGGUUCUCUGCACGGGGUAGAUACCCUAACUGAAGAUCCGAAUCGAAGUCUUCAGAGUCGAGCAGCCGGGUAUAUAGGGAAGGAGUCAGAGAUUGCGUGGAUGCAGAAGCUGGACACUGAAGCUGCCAAGUUGAACCAUAAAUCGCGCCAUCUCGCACCGCCUGCAGAGGAAGGACCCGUUGCAUCCAUGAGCUAUCAUGUUGACUUUCUCCAUAUAGCCGAUUCACUCCCUGUCGAGCCACGGCUGCUACCCCCGAGACCAUGGGCUGCCCGUCUUGUAAACAUCUUUUUUGAAUCAAUAGCGCCUUCUUUUCCGCUUAUCAAUAAGCCUUUGUUUGAAUCUCAGUUUAACUACGCUUACAGUGGCUCUGCUCAGCCCACGCAGAAAUGGCUUGCUGUUCUCAAUCUUGUAUUCGCUGUCAGCUCGAAGCAUUACCAGUUAGCGGAGCCUGUCACUGGCAAGGAUGUGGACGACCACCUCUUUCUCUCGAGAGCUAUCUCUCUUAAUACUUCUCAUAAUCUGGUUCUUGACCAUGCAGACUUGCACCAGGUCCAGUUUGAUCUGCUGCUAGCUAUCUACUAUAUGGCUGCUGGUCAAAUAAAUCGAUCAUGGCAGACAAACGGACGUGCUGCCCGCUCCGCUACCUCCCUGGGUCUGAAUCUGCGUGCACUGGGUGACCAGAUAGACCCUGUUUCGAAGGAGACGCGUACCCGUAUCUGGUGGUGCAUUUUCUCCUUGGAACACCUGCUGGCCGGUAUGACUGGACGCUCCUCAUGCGUCGAUUACCGGUCUGUAUCUCUAUAUCCGCCAGUACCAUACGACGACAGCAUGUUCCACGUUCCUGAACUGGAGGAGCUCCUAGGAAAUACUGUCCUGCGUGAGGAGCGCCUCCAGUGGACUAUCUACGCCAGCGAUUCCCAGCUCGAAGCGCGAACCAGGUGGUUCCAAACAAUCAGCCCAACCCAGUCCCUCUACUUCUUCCACCUGGUCGACCUCUCCAUGAUCACCCACGCGGCCGUCACCACGAUAUACAGUCUAACCACCGUCAAAGACAGCAUCAGUGGCCAGAGCGGAAUCCGCCCUUACCAAGAAAAGCUCCAAACAUGGCUGUCCAGCCUCCAUCCCUCCUACGCCUUCACAAACUCCCACGACACCCCAGCUCUGUCCCCCGAUAACCGCUACCAAGUCAGCCUCGCACUCGCCUACUACAGCUCCCAGAUAAUCCUCAGCAGGCCCUGCCUCACACGCCCAGACAUGAACGACGGCACAAACAUCCACUUCACACGCUCCCGCUUCGGCAACGACACCGCAAGAACCUGCGUCCAGUCCGCCCUCUCCCUCAUUUCCAUCCUCCCAAAAGCCCCAAGCACAGAAUGGCUUCUCCAAACAACCCCCUGGUGGUGCAUCCUCCACUUCCUCAUGCAAGCCCUAACCGUCCUCCUCAUCCAACUCUCCAUCGGACCCGUCCCAUUCCUAAAAGCCCACGGUGAUGGCGAAGCCAACCAAGCCGGACAAGACGGUAAAAGCCCCACAAUCACAGUCUCCGAGAAUCAAACACCAGAGAUCAUCCUCGCGGCAUCCAAAAAGGCACUCCGCUGGCUACAUACUCUCGCAAAGAACGACCCCUCCUCCCACCGCGCUUUCCAAAUAAGCGAGAGCUUCAUCCGCCGCAUCGGCCGCGCAAAGGGCCUCGAUCUCUCCGGCAUCCCUGAUCCCGCUGAUUUGGCAGGGAAUGCGCCUUCGGCGUUUAGUUCGGGAGAUGUAUAUCCUUGGGCUCAGUCGGUGACGGUGGCUCCGGGGCCAUCGAGUCGGCAGAGUGCUGAACGGCUGGAGAGUGCGAGUCGCAGUGCCAGUGCGAGUCGUUCGGCGGGUAUGCGUGACGGGGUUGUUAAUUGGGGGCCUGAUUGUACGGUUUGUGAGGCCGAGUACGAGCGCCAGCAGGAGUCGUUUGCGCUUGAUCCGGCGCUGUUUUCGGUAGAUAUGUAGGUCUAUAUCUUUGGUGUAGUAAUGCGUUCGAGGGAAUUGUCUAUUAAAGGGAAGUUUGUAAGCAUACUAGUGUGGGUGACGCUCCUGAAGGUGGAGAUACCACUACGACCACUGAAGGCUGGG